CAACAUUAAAAACGUAUGACAAAAGUCGUUCCAUUAUUUUAUCAAAGGUAACCAGCUGCAUUGUUUAAGAUACUGAAGAGAUUUUUCGUCCCCUAAAAAAAUGGAUGAAGCCUAUCUCGAAGUAAAUUGCUUAGAGGACGUGUGCCAUGCACCGAUUGAAACAAUAAUUACUCUAUUUAUCAUCAAGUAUUGUGCAUCUAAAGUACGUAUUAGGUUUAUACGUUGUGGUAAAAAAGCAGACGAACGCUCAUACACUAUUGACGUUUCCAGUUUCUCGUAUACUCUAUCAGAAAUGAGCGAUGUGCCUUCUUACGCUCGUUUUUGUUACUUGCCCAACAUUAUUGUAAAUAAGACAAGUUGCGUAGCUGGACUCUGCGCAAUUUUGCGACAAAUAAUCAAAAGUUCAAUAGCAGAACAGCCCGCGCAUUAUUGCCAUACUUUAUUGGGCUUCAAAUAUUCAAGUCUGUUGGCAUGUUCGGAGUCAAGUGUCUGGACGAAAUUUUGUGAAGUGGACAUGAUAUCGACUAUGAAAACAUUAAACCAGGAGGAGACGGAUAAAUCCGAAUUACCAGUAAACCUAGCAAGGUUCGAGUGUCACAUGUCGCAUCAACCGCGCAUGCAUAACUUCUAUAAAUACACAAUGUCCAAAAAAUUCGCUCCCGGCGGGAUCACCACCCAGGACAGAAGCAUAAUACCUCAAUACGACUACGCGAAUGGAAACUCUGUUACACUUGCGGACAUGAUCAUAUUAGUCUGCGUGCACAUAAUAUUCAAUUUAAUAAAGGACAAGAAGGUGCUCAAAAUAUUACCGCUUACGGUCAAGUGGUACGAGAAAGUGAUUCAAGACAACGUUAUCUUAAAAUGUUUAAUUUGUCUUCCAGAACAAGGAGGAAGCAAAUUUAUUGGAACGAAUUACUCUCUCCCCGUUGUGGAUAAUCAGAGUCUCGUUAGAAGGAGAUACAAGUCACGAAAUCGCAUAUUCACGAAACAAGAAGUUGUGGAUAGUACGUUGGAGCAUAUAAAAAAAUUCAGAGUAAAUACAAAACUAAAUGAAGAACCGUUCGGAGCUGACGUCACAAUCGAUUGGAAUAAAAUUCCACAAGAAGCGACACCCGUAGGCGGUGGUCUGCCAAUCGCGCGAUUGAAACGUAAAUUCGAACAGCUGGAGAAUCUUUGUCAGCCUGUGAUAAAGUUGGCCGUCUCCGGGAACGUCAUAGUCGACUUCUGUUCCGGUAGCGGACAUCUGGGUAUCUUGGUAGCAUAUAUGCUACCAGAGUGUACCGUGAUACUCCUAGAGAAUAAAGAAGAGUCUCUGAAUAGAGCUAAAGAAAGAGUGGCUAAGCUCCAAUUGAAGAACGUUUACUUUUAUCAGUGCAAUUUGGAUUAUUUUAAGGGACAAUUUGAUAUAGGGAUGUCGCUGCACGCAUGCGGUGUAGCUACUGAUCUCGUAAUUCAGCACUGCAUGCGUAUAAAUGCUGUCUUUGUCAGCUGUCCUUGUUGCUACGGAGCCAUCCAAAUAUGCCAUCACAUCACUUAUCCACGCAGUGAUCUUUUCAAGAAACUCAUCAAUACCACAGAUUAUCUAGCGAUUAGUCAUGCGGCGGAUCAGACGCACGAGGCCAGCAAUGCUAAAACUAAGCAGGGUUACGCCUGUAUGGCCGUCAUUGACGCUGACAGAAGAUUGCUAGCUGAAGAAUUUGGUUACACGGUACACGUGUCUAAAUUAAUACCGGAGUCAUGCACGCCAAAGAAUCAUUUGCUUGUUGGCAUUCCUGGAAAUAGAGUAAUGACGGGUAGUUAACGACAGUCUUUUUUCUUCAUAUUUAAAGCUACCUGCUAUUCUGCCUGAUGUAUACUUACGCUGCAGAGUGUUUAAGAUAAAUAGGUGGAUAACUUCUGUAUUAGAAAUUCGUGAAAUAUAAUUGAUUUUCAAAAUAUGUUGGAGAGCUUGCUUUUUACCCUAGUAAUUCUUUCACGUAAUAUCAGGUGAUAGAAUGCUAUCGUUAAACUUUUACUUUUAAUGUAAAACCGAAAAGAGAAUGUAAGUUCACGUAAAACAAUUCGUGGAAGGACCUGUGUGGUGAACAUAGAUAAAAAUGUACAUAUACUCUUUGUGUAUAUAUGUACAUAUCUAUACAUUUAUUCAAACCGAAUUUCUCAAUAUUAAACAUCACAAAUACACGAAUAUAGGCAAAUUACACGACUAAUUAUAUUUCAUAGCCUUUAAAGUUAUUUAGUUUGUAAAUAAUUAGACACUAUCUUAGGGUUACAAUCGUUAUUAACUAAUCUGCGAUCGUUAUACUUGCAAUUAUAAUAAUAAUAAUAUAGUAGCAGUAAUAGUAUUCGAGUUUGUAAAUUACACUGUUCAAAUCAUUUUCAUAAAUUGGUGUGAUCUCUCUUUUUCUCUGUUGCAAUGUAAAUAAAAAACUUUAUAUCUUCAUAA